AUGUCUUCAAAUUUUUGCUCGAAAUUAUCCGAUGAUUACGAAAAACUCUUUGAAUCUGAAGUAGGAUAUGACGUUAUUAUUUACGCAGGAGAAGGACCAAAUAUUAAGGAAUUUCAUGCUCAUUCAAAUAUUUUAUUUAUUAGAUCUGGAUAUUUUCGUUCUGCAUUUUCUAAUAAAUGGGCAGAAAAGAAAGAUGGAAAGUUUAUUUACAGAAAGCCAAAUAUUUCGCCUCACUUAUUCAACAUUAUUCUCAGGUUUAUUUAUUGUGGAAAAAUUGAAUUGAAAAAUCUGCAAGGAUCAGAUGUUUUGGAAUUAUUUGUUAGCCGAUAUUUAGUUAAACAUCAAGCCAAAUUUUUGUAUCAAAAACCAACUGGUAUACUUGAAACUAUUCAUCAACACGAAUCAUUUACAGAUUUAUGGAAUUUUUGUCUCGAAACGAUUUGUAAGGAACCUAAAAUUUUAUUUGAUUCUGAUAAAUUUGUUAAUUUAAAAGAACCUUUAUUAGAAUUAUUAUUAAAAAGAGAUGAUUUAAAUAUGAAUGAAAUCGAAAUUUGGGAAAGUUUAUUGAAAUGGAGUUUUUCUCAAGAGAAUAUGGAAAAUGAUCCAACAAAAUGGAAUAAGGAUGAUAUUACAAAAGUUGAGAGAUCAUUAUAUAGGUUUAUUCCAUUAAUUAGAUUUUAUGAUAUCGAACCUACAGAUUUCUUUUAUAAAGUUUAUAAUUAUAGAGACGUCUUACCUAAAGAUUUAAUUCAUGAUCUUUUAGAAUUUCAUAUAGUUCCUAAUACGAAGCUUAAAACGAGUAUAACUCCAUCAAGAAAACCAAAUUUAAAUUUUGAAAUUGAUUCAACCCUAAUUCAAUCAAACCAUAUUCCUCUUUUUGCUUCAUGGAUUGAUAGAAAAGGUUCUUCGCAUUACAAUAAUAAAAAUAUUCCCUAUGAUUUCAAAUUAUUAUAUCAUUCGGGUCGGGAUGGAUUUAAUGCUGCAUCAUUUCAUAGAAAAUAUGGAAAAAAUAUUUCUACUGCGAAAUUAGGUUAUGUUAAUGAUCCAGAUAGUGCUAUUUAUUGUGUCGAUUCUCAAGGUCCACAAAUGGGUGUUUUAAUAUGUCAAGAUGAUAAUAAGUGGGUUAAUUAUGAUGAUAAUGCUACUUGCUAUCCUGAUAUUGGUAUUCCAAAUACUUCAGAUAUUCCUAAUUUUAAAGUAGAAUAUUAUGAAGUAUUUCAAGUAAUUAAAAAAUAAAAAUGUAUAAAUAAUUUGUAUGUUUAU